AUGUCCUUCUGCCAGCUGCAAUCAAUCAGCACUGGUAUUGACUUUGACUUAAGUGACUUUUACAUUUCUCCCCCUCCCACCCUGCCAAAGCCAGGGAAGGACAACCUGCGGCUCCAGAAACUCCUGAAGAAAGCAGCCAAGAAGAACACCGUGCUAGCUUCGGAGCAAGCCAAGUCCUUUCGGUCCAGUCUCUCCCCUGUGAAUGAGGCCAGCCCUGACCUGCAGCACCAUGGCAGCGCUGCCCCAGCGGAGACCCCUAAAACAGCAACAGCUCCAUCCAUCAGCCUCCCAUCCCGCUUCCCCAUCAAGCCUGUCACCCACCACGUUCCCUCCCCUUUCCGCAAAAGCAAGCCUUUCACACUGACAGUCACCGAGCAAAGGCGCAUUGCUGAACACCUCAGAUUCACAACCUCCCCGGCGACAUCCCCGCUACACAAGCCAGGCGCUCCUGAGACACCACAGCAACCUGAAGGCACAGACACUCAGCUUCCCUCUCCACGGGCCUCGUCUAUAUUCAUUUUCCCCCAGCUUCCUUCUUCCACAACCAGUACAGAAAGGGCACCAGAGGUUACCUAUAUCACCAAGGUGCACACUUAUUUCCACAGUGUCAAGGCACCCAAGGCUAAGAUACCCACAUCAGACCAGACCCAAGCAACCCGCAGCAAUGAGAACAAAAGGCCACUUUCUCCAGCAGCUGAAGUGAGUCACUCCAAAUCAUCUCCAGGACAGAUACCUGCCCCUCUCAGUGACAGCGAGACUAUGGCUUCCCCUCCUACCCUGGAGCCUCAUCCACUUUCUCCUGCAAAGGCAGGACCUCCUAGUGAAGCGCUCAGUCCUGUACCACACAAAGAAUCUAUCAAAGCCCCUUAUCCCAAACCCAGCACCUCUGAUGCCCACUCCAAUAAGCCUGCAAUCCUUGGAAGCGACACAGAGACAUCUGGAUCAGAGAGAGUGCCCGAGUCACCCAAGCAGCACAGUGAGACCCCAAGACCAUCGACACCCAGCACUCCUUGGGGGCAAGUACCCACAGAGGCAGCAACCCCAGCACAAGCCGACACUGCGGGGGCCACCCCCACAGAAACAAAGGGAGAACAUGCCAUUCCCCCUCAGCUGGCCCCCAGUGUACCAAACACCAGCUCACCCCUCAAAGCUGAGCCACCACUGCCGUUGGUGGAAGAAGCAAAACCUCUUGGAGUCAAUGCUAGCGGCUGGUAUCGCCUCAGGAAGCACUUGAUAGUGCCACCAGAGGCACCCAGCUUCCCGGAGCCUGAGCCGGCCAAGCAGGGGCAGGAGGAAGCAAGCCAUGGGAAAGACAGCUCUCAAACAAGUACCACUCAAGACAGCCAGCUGCUGAAGGAGCUGGCUGCCAAACCCAUGACAAAGAUCACCAACGUGUUUGAGGUGGGCCAGUAUGGACCUAAGGUGACCGAGGAGCACACCAAGAGCUUUAACAGAAUGGCAACAGCAUGGUCAGUCAACUGA